CGUCCUAACUUAAUUCACUCCGGAGACCACAGGGAGGUGACGAUUUCUCUGCUCUGCAGAUUCGUUUUCCCCCUACUCUCUUUGCAUUCGCUUAACUGCAACAUUUUUGGAACUGAAAUUAAAGGAAGACAUAAUACCUCAUCAACAGCUUCAGGAGGCGAGGGAAAACAGAUAUUCGCGUUUUGAUUUUUGUAAUUUUUUUGCGCAUAUGGACAACACAGUCAAGUUUCUCAGAGACUUUCUCAAUACCUGCUCUUCUGAUGCAAACAAAAAGAAAGGCUGGACAUCCUCUUCAGCUUACUUUUUUGUGGUUUAGAUAACUAAUAACACUGGACAACCGAGACUUGUUUAUUUUUUCCUAAAUCCCUAUUUACUGGAUAUAUUGUUCCAUCUUUGUUUUCUUUUUUUUUAAUGGAGUGACUUUGUGCGCAAAAGACGAUCCCACGUCAUUUUUACUUUUGCUUCAAAGGGAUUUUUCUGAAGCUUCCCAAGACUCAUUAACUGAAGUUCUGGAUUUUGACCAUCACCUCGAGGUAUGCUUCAAUGCCCUCGGGAACAAGGAGCGAGAUCCAGGCUCCUUGCGUGGACUUUUGCCCUGUCCUGCUGCCUCUGCAGCGGAUCUGAGAGGAGAUGAGACCCGUGGUCUAUCACCUCCUCGCCGGCUGUCUAUGCCUGUUACGAACCGCUGCCGAGAAGUACCCCCUCCCUGAGGAGCUGCUGGAGCGACUGUCCCGCAGCGAGAUCCGAAGCAUCAGCGACCUCCAGCGGUUGAUAGAGAUAAACUCCGUAGAGAACGAGGUGAUCGAGGAGACCAAACAGAGCUUCCACAAGGACUUCUCUCACAGUUUUCCUGAUCAGAAAAAAAAUCACUCACACACAAGACAAAGAAGAAGCACCGUGGUAGAAGAGGCCUUACCUGCAGUUUGCAAAGUGCGCACAACCAUUUAUGAGAUUCCCAGAAGCCAAGUGGAUCCCACUUCAGCCAACUUCAUCAUUUGGCCUCCCUGUGUGGAGGUGAAGCGCUGCACUGGCUGCUGCAACACAAGCAACAUGAGAUGCCAGGUGGCGCGCAAACACUACCGUACAGUGAAGGUGGCAAAGGUGGAGUACAUACGGCGGCGGCCAAAGCUGAGGGAGGUGCAUGUGAAGCUGGAGGAUCACGUAGAGUGCAUGUGCAUAAACAAACUUUUCAUCAACUCCAACACAGACACAGACAAUGGUAUCAGGUGAGGGAAGGACACUUGAGUCAAACGCACAAGAGGAGCAAGUUGAAAACCGGAUUCAAGAAAUAACUGACAGAACUUCUUUACUAACUUGUGACAAGUGAAGUGUUUUAUGGAGCGAAUGUUGGCACAAGAUCGACAAAAGGUUGAUGAGGAAUAAAUGACUCAUGUGGACCUCAACUACAGCAUCAGAUACACAGACUCUGAUAUGGAUCCAAAACUCUGACAAUUCCUCGACGACAGGAAAACGCCUUUUCGAAAUAAAAACAAAGCUGACAUUGAUUUCUGAUGUCAACGAACUCAUUAUGGGCAUCUUGUUCCUUCACCAGAGGAUUAACCACUCAGUGACUCGGAUUAGAAACUGACUGAAAUCCUUUCUUUACACAGUUUUUUGGAUUUAAAUUUUUUGUACUCCACUCCAACAAAUGCAUGUAUAAUUUUUUUAAUAACUUUUCAUUUUCUAUCAUUCUGACAGUAUGUUUUUUGCAUAUUUUAUGGAGGUGGAUCCUCUUGGCAGAUAGAGACACUAAUAAAAUAUUUAUAAAAACAAUGAUGGUAUGGUAUGAAGGCGAUUCUGCGCUAAGUGUCUCAUCAAAAACACAAUUACCAAGUUUAAAAAAACAACUAAAAUGUUUAGAUUUAAAAGCCAGUCAAGGUCAAAAGUAUCUUAAAUGUUGUUGCUUUUCUGUUCUCUGACUUUAUUUGAAAACUAAAUAAAGUUGGACAAUGUGGAAGAAAACCAAACAUUAACCCCUUAAUGAUGAGACUGUCUAAGCAAGCAUAAAGG